AUGCUGUCCAUCACCCGAUCUACAACUCGAUCAUGGAGGAAGUCACCCAUACGAUUUAUGAAGAGAGUCUUUUCGGAACAAGUGAGAGUGGAAGAACAUGAUCCUUCGAUACUGCUUAGAGAAGUCAUGAGAAACGUCGCUCAACCAGUAGCCAUAGCCGUCACUUGUGCUCCUUCCACCUCUCCUUUACAUGGAAAAGCAAAUUACCACGGAGCGACCCUCACCUCUUUCACCUCUCUUACACUCUAUCCUCAUCCCCUCGUAGCAUUUUCAUUGAGAUUACCAUCGAGGAUGGCGGAUUGUCUAAGACCGUAUAGGACACAUGGAGACCACCAUCAACAGCAGCAGCGGCAUCCUUCAUCAAAAUCAAAACCAAAUACAUUACAGCAAGAGGCUAUAAUGAAUGAAUCAUUGGAAAAUACCCCAAUGAUAAAAGGUAUCACACUCCCACCCAAAUCCGAAUUACCAUGGCUAUUAUCUAAAUUACCUAUGCCUGAACAACCUCCCGAAUGGGCCAAAAGCUUAUUCGCUCAGAUACCUAUACCUAAUACACUAGGAGGAGAUACUUCUCAAAAUCCACUUCGAUCUACCCCUUCUUUAACUGCGUAUAUACCACCAACACAGCAUAAAACGAUCAAUACCGCUCAUCCUACGCCAUUAACAAUCUCACUCUUAUCUAAAUCAAAUGAAACCAUGGCCGACUCACUCUCCCUCCCUCGAACAGACCAUUCAUCAAUAUUUAAUAUGAAAGAUACAUGGACCACCCACAACAAUCAUCCUCCAUCGCUGAAAGGGUCAAUCGGUUCAUUACAAUGUGAGAUCGUAGGUAGUGUCUUGCUUAAAGAUCUCUGUGGGUCUGCUCCGAUAGAUGCAAAGGGAGGAGAAGGAAGUGAGAUGUUUAUAUGUCGAGUUAUAGGUGUGCAUAUUUCAGAUGAGAAAGGUUUGGAACCUUUGUUACAUUGGAGAAGGAAAUAUGUAGGAAUAAGAGAUGAGGGGGAAACAAGCGAGGUAUGA